AUGGAGCCUGAGGACCUGCCGUGGCCGGGCGAGCUCGAGGAGGAGGAGGGGGAGGAGGGAGAGGAAGAGGAGGAGAAGGAGGCGGAGAACUCGGGUGAGGACGAGGUGGUGAUGGUGGAGGAUGUGGAGGAAGAGGAGCGGCGGGAACUGGACACGGACUUGAACUACGAGAGCCAGCUUCGGGAGAGUACCGACGAGGAGGACGACGACGAGGCCAAGGCCUGGCUGCAGGCGCACCCCAGCGGGACUUUGCCUCCGCCGUCGCUGCCGAAGCACCGCUACGCCGAGGGCGAGCGGCCCGGCCCGGAGAAGGUUGUUCCAUUGACCAGUCAUGUAUGGCAACAGUCAUCAUAUCAAGACAAUAGUAGUACACAGAUUUCUGAUUUUAAUGUGGUCUCUUUGGAAAAAACAGCUCAGUGGGGUUCUGGGGAUGAUCAGAGAACAGAAUCUUGGCAUUUUCUUCCUCAAGAAAUCGACUCUUCCCACACCUCGGAUACAACCCAGACCAGGUUUAAUGUGAGAGAGGAAGGGACAGAAGUUACAGACUUCCCCUCUGUGGAGGAAGGUAUAUUGACCCAAUCAGAAAAUCAAGUAAAGGAACACAACAGAGAUCUCUUUUGUUCUCCAUUGAUAGUCAUACAAGACAACUUUGCUUCUCCGGAUUUGCCUUUGCUGACAUGUUUGACACAAGACCAAGAGUUUGGGCCUGAUUCUAUAUUUCACCAAAGUGAACUAGAUUUUACACCUCUAAGGGGGAUUCCUGAAAAGGCAGGAUCUUCAAGCGUUAUUUACCCACUGGAAGGAUCAACUUCAGAUUCUUUGUUUUUGCAAGAUUUAAAGCAGCAAACCUUUGAAGAAGUUGCAGAUUCCUCAAACUAUAUUUUGGAGGGCCUGCAGGGGACGGCGGAAUCUGACAUCUAUAGUCUGGGUGAUGAUACUGAAUGCUGUAGCCUAGAUGAAAAUGCCAUUGUAUGCAGUAAAAGAACUACUGAACUACAAGAGAUAUGUGACCAAGGUAACUUGACUGGGGAGUACAUUGAGCUAGCAGAUUUAGAAAAUUUGCUUGAUGAUCUAGAGAUCUGUGACUUCUCUCUGCCCUGGCAGUCUGCUUUUCACCUACCAUCCAAGGAAAGGCCUGUAGGUCAUUCUAAUCAGUCUUUUUCGUCUGUAUUACCUCCAUUUGUUCCUCAUGAGCCAACCAGAGAGUUGGAGUUUCACUCUUCAGACCUCAGAAUGUUGAGAGUAUCUCCUGAGAUUGUGCCAAAGGCUCUCAAACAUUUAUCAGGAGAUAUUUCUAAAGGAGUCAUAAGUAAAAUUACUCAAUCCAAUUUGAAAGCCGACAUCACUACCACUUCUGGAGAAUCAGACAUUGGAUCUCAUUUACCCUUGUCUUCUGAGGACUUUUCUCACUUGGCUGUAAGGUCUUCUGUGGAGAAUACUGUUGGUCUGCAUAUUGAGUCUCUCAACCAACAGAUAUUGGCAAAUGGUCAUGUAACUGAAGAGACACUAAAAGUUUUAGACUCUGCUGAACCAGCUGAUGAGAAGACUGGGAUAUCAACAUUACCCUUUAGUUCCUACUCACUAAGAGAGAAGCCAGAUAAUUUCUUCCCACAGGUGUUGAGAGAAAGUCAUCUAACUGAAGAGUCUCUAAGAGUUUCAGCGGUUCCUGAACCUGCUGACCAGAAGACCAACAUAUCUACAGUCCCUCCAAGUUCUUUCUUUCUUGGAGAGAAGCACAGUAUUUUCUGCCAACAGGCAUUGCCAGAUACUAAUCAAACUGAAGAGGCUCCAAAAAUUUCAGCUGUUCUUGGACCUGCUGACCAGAAGAGUGAGAAAACAACAGUACUUUCUAGUUCCUAUUCACAAAGAGAAAAGCACGUUUUCUCUCAGCCACCACUGCCAGACAGUCAUCUAACUGAACAGGUGCUGAAAGUUUCAUUUGUUCCUGGACCAGCUGAUCAAUCAACUGCGACACCAACAGUAUCCUCUACUUUAUACUCACAUGGAGAGAAGCCCCAUAUUUCCUAUCAACAGAUAUUGCCAGAAAGUCAUCUAACUGAACAGAGUCUGAAAGUUUCUGCUGCUACUGGAUCAACAGAGCAGAAAACGGGCAUACCAAUAGUGUCCUCUACUUACUCACAUAGAGAGAAGCCCAGUAUUUUCUACCAGCAAGAAUUGCCAGAGGGUCAUCUAACUGUACAGUCUCAACAAGCGGCAGCUGCUUUUGGAUUUGCUGACCAGAAGACUGGGAUACCAACAGGAACCUCUACUUCUUACUCACAUGGAGAGAAGCCCAGUAUUUUCUACCAGCAAGAAUUGCCAGAGAGUCAUCUAACUGAACAGUCUCAGCAAGUUGUAGCUGUUUCUGGAUUCACUGACCAGAAGAGUGGGAUACCAACAGGAACCUCUACUUCUUACUCACGUGGAGAGAAGCCCCAUAUUUUUUAUCAACAGACAUUGCCAGAAAGUCAUUUAACUGAAAAGGUUCUGAAAGUUUCUGCUACUCCUGGAUCCACUGAGCAGAAAACAAGCAUACCAAUUGUAUCCUCUACUUACUCACAUAGAGAGAAGCCUCAUAUUUUCUACCAGCAACAGUUGCCAGAGAGUCAUCUAACUGAACAGUCUCAACAAGCUGUAGCUGUUUCUGGGUUUGCUGACCAGAAGACUGGAAUACCGACAGGAACCUCUACUUCUUACUCACGUGGAGAGAAGCCCAGUAUUUUCUACCAGCAAGAAUUGCCGGAGAGUCAUCUAACUGAACAGUCUCAGCAAGUUGCAGCUGUCUCUGGAUUCACUGACCAGAAGAGUGGGAUACCAACAGGAACCUCUACUUCUUACUCACGUGGAGAGAAGCCCCAUAUUUUUUAUCAACCAGUAUUGCCAGAGAGUCAUCUAACUGAACAGUCUCAGCAAGUUGUAGCCGUCCCUGGAUUCACUGACCAGAAGAGUGGGAUACCAACAGGGACCUCUACUACUUACUCACGUGGAGAGAAGCCCCAUAUUUUUUAUCAACAGAUAUUGCCAGAGAGUCAUCUAACUGAACAGUCUCAACAAGUUGUAGCUGUUUCUGGAUUCACUGACCAGAAGAGUGGGAUACCAACAGGAACCUCUACUUCUUACUCACGUGGAGAGAAGCCCCAUAUUUUUUAUCAACAGACAUUGCCAGAAAGUCAUUUAACUGAACAGGCUCUGAAAGUUUCAGCUGCUCCUGGACUUGCUGACCAGAAGAGUGGGAUACCUACAGUAACCUCUACUUCUUACUUACAUAGAGAGAAGCCCAAUAUUAUCUACCAACAGGAGUUGCCAGUUAGUCAUUUAACUAAAGAGGCUCAGAAAGUUCCAGCUAUCCCUGGACUAGCUCAGCAGAAGACUGGGAUACCAAUAGCACCCCCUGCUUCCUACUCACCUAGAGAGAAGACCAGUUUUUUCUAUCAGCAGGAGUUGCCAGAUAGUCAUCUAACUGAACAAGCUCUGAAAGUUUCAGCUGCUCCUGGACUUGCUGACCAGAAGAGUGGGAUACCUACAGUAACCUCUACUUCUUACUUACAUAGAGAGAAGCCCAAUAUUAUCUACCAACAGGAGUUGCCAGUUAGCCAAUUAACUAUAGAGGCUCAGAAAGUUCCAGCUAUCCCUGGACUAGCUCAGCAGAAGACUGGGAUACCAAUAGCACCCCCUACUUCCCACUCACCUACAGGGAAGACCAGUUUUUUCUAUCAGCAGGAGUUGCCAGACAGUCAUCUAACUGAACAGGCUCAGAGAAUUUCAUUUCUUUCUGGACCAGCUGACCAGAACACUGGGAUACAAACAGUACUAUCUAGUGCCUACCCACAUGGAGAAAAACCCAUCGUUUAUUACCAGCAGGAGUUUCCAGAUAGUCAUCUAACUGAAGAGGCUCUAAAAGUUUCAUCUGUUCUGGAACCAGCUAAGCAGAACACUGGGAUACCAUCAGGAUCCUCUGGGGCCUACUCAUUUGAAGAGAAGCCCAAUAUUUUUUACCAACAGGGAUUGCCAGACAAUCAUUUAACUGAACAGGCUCAGAAAGUUUUAAUUCUUCCUGAACCAACUGAACAGAAGACUGGGAUACCAAUAGUAACCUCUACUUCUUACUCACAUAGAGAGAAGUCCUUUAUUUCCUACCCACAGGGCUUGCCAGACAGUCAUUUACCUGAAGAGGCUCUAAAAGUUAUAGCUGUUCCUGGGCUAGCUGAACAGAAGACUGGGUUGCCAUCAGAACCUUCUAGUUCCUACUCACAUAGAGAGAAGCCCAUUAUUUUUUAUCCACAGGCCUUACCAAACACUCACCUCACUGAAGAGGCCCUGAAAGUUUCUAUCAUUUCUGGACCAGCUGACCAGAAGACUGGGAUACCAACAUUACCUUCUACUUCCUAUCCACCUAGAGAGAAGCAUAUUAUUAUCUCAUCACAGGCCUUGCCAGAUAGUCACCUACUUGAAGAGGCUCUAAAAGUUUCAACUGUUUCUGAACCAGCUGACCAGAAAACUGCGUUGCCAUCAGAACCUCCUACUUCCUACUCACAUAGAGAAAAGCCCAUUCUUUUCUACCAAGAGUUGCCAGAUAGUCAUCUAACUGAAGAGGGUCUGAAAGUCUCAGCUGUUCCUGGAACAGGUGAUCAGAAGACUGGGAUACCAACAGUACCUCCAAGCUCCUACUCACUUGGAGGGAAGUCCAUUAUUUUUUACCCACAGGCCUCACCAGAUAGACAUCUCACAGAAGAGGCUCUGAAUGUUUCAGCUUCUCCUGGACCAGUUGACCAGAAGACUGGGUUACCUACAGUCUCCUCUCCUUCCUACUCUCAUAGAGAGAAGCCCUUUAUUUUCUACCCACAGGCCUUGCCAGAUGGUCAGCUAACUGAAGAGGCUCUGAAUGUUUCAGCUUCUCCUGGACCAGUUGACCAGAAGACUGGGUUACCUACAGUCUCCUCUCCUUCCUACUCUCAUAGAGAGAAGCCCUUUAUUUUCUACCCACAGGCCUUGCCAGAUGGUCAGCUAACUGAAGAGGCUCUGAAUGUUUCAGCUUCUCCUGGACCAGUUGACCAGAAGACUGGGUUACCUACAGUCUCCUCUCCUUCCUACUCUCAUAGAGAGAAGCCCUUUAUUUUCUACCCACAGGCCUUGCCAGAUGGUCAGCUAACUGAAGAGGCUCUGAAUGUUUCAGCUUCUCCUGGACCAGUUGACCAGAAGACUGGGUUACCUACAGUCUCCUCUCCUUCCUACUCUCAUAGAGAGAAGCCCUUUAUUUUCUACCCACAGGCCUUGCCAGAUGGUCAGCUAACUGAAGAGGCUCUGAAUGUUUCAGCUUCUCCUGGACCAGUUGACCAGAAGACUGGGUUACCUACAGUCUCCUCUCCUUCCUACUCUCAUAGAGAGAAGCCCUUUAUUUUCUACCCACAGGCCUUGCCAGAUGGUCAGCUAACUGAAGAGGCUCUGAAUGUUUCAGCUUCUCCUGGACCAGUUGACCAGAAGACUGGGUUACCUACAGUCUCCUCUCCUUCCUACUCUCAUAGAGAGAAGCCCUUUAUUUUCUACCCACAGGCCUUGCCAGAUGGUCAGCUAACUGAAGAGGCUCUGAAUGUUUCAGCUUCUCCUGGACCAGUUGACCAGAAGACUGGGUUACCUACAGUCUCCUCUCCUUCCUACUCUCAUAGAGAGAAGCCCUUUAUUUUCUACCCACAGGCCUUGCCAGAUGGUCAGCUAACUGAAGAGGCUCUGAAUGUUUCAGCUUCUCCUGGACCAGUUGACCAGAAGACUGGGUUACCUACAGUCUCCUCUCCUUCCUACUCUCAUAGAGAGAAGCCCUUUAUUUUCUACCCACAGGCCUUGCCAGAUGGUCAGCUAACUGAAGAGGCUCUGAAUGUUUCAGCUUCUCCUGGACCAGUUGACCAGAAGACUGGGUUACCUACAGUCUCCUCUCCUUCCUACUCUCAUAGAGAGAAGCCCUUUAUUUUCUACCCACAGGCCUUGCCAGAUGGUCAGCUAACUGAAGAGGCUCUGAAUGUUUCAGCUUCUCCUGGACCAAUUGACCAGAAGACUGGGUUACCUACAGUCUCCUCUCCUUCCUACUCUCAUAGAGAGAAGCCCUUUAUUUUCUACCCACAGGCCUUGCCAGAUGGUCAGCUAACUGAAGAGGCUCUGAAUGUUUCAGCUUCUCCUGGACCAACUGACCAGAAGACUGGGUUACCUACAGUCUCCUCUCCUUCCUACUCUCAUAGAGAGAAGCCCUUUAUUUUCUACCCACAGGCCUUGCCAGAUGAUCAGCUAACUGAAGAGGCUCUGAAAGUUACAGCUGUUACUGAGCCAGGUGACCAGAAUACUGGAAUAGCAGUAGUGACCUCUACUUCCUACUCGAAUAAAGAGAAGCCCAUUAAUUUCUAUCAACAGGCUGUGCCAGAUAGUCGGCUAACUGUAGAGGUUCUGAAAGUUUCAGCUGUUCCUGAACCAGGUGACCAAAGUACCAGAAAAUCAACAUUAGCCUCUGCUUCUUACUCACAUAGAGAAAAGCCUAUUAUUUCUUACCAACAGGAGUUGCCAGGUAGUCAUCUAUCUGUAGAGGCUCUGAAAGUGUUAGGUGUUCCCGGAAUAGCUGACCAGAAGACUGGGAUACCUACAGUACCAUCAGUUUCUUAUUCAUAUAGAGAAAAGCCCGUCAUCUCUUAUGAGCAAGAUCUCACUAAAGAGGCCUUAAAAAUUUUAGGGGUUUCUGGACCAGAUGACCAGAAAACUGGCAUACCAGUAGUAACCUCUACUUCUUACUCUCCUGGAGAGAAGCCCAUCAUUUCUUAUCAGCAGGAGUUGCCAGAUCAUAAUGAAGAUGCUUCAAAACUUUUAGUUGUUCCUGGAGCAGUUGACCAGAAGACCGGUAUACAAAUUGUGCCCUCUUCCUAUUCACAUAGAGAGGGCCCCAUCUUCCCUUACCAGAAGGAAUUGCCAGAUAUUACUGAAAACACUUUGGAAGUUUCAGCUAUUCCUGGACCAACCGACCAGAAGACUGGGAUACGAAUAAUUCCUUCAGGUCCCUACCCAUACAGAGAAAAGGGCAGUAUUUUUUACCAGGAGUUGCCAGAUACUACUGAAGAAGCUUUAAAAGUUUUUGCUCUUCCUGGACCAGCUGACCAGAAGACUGAGAUACCAGCAGGAACUUCUAGUUCUUACUCACAUAAAGAGAAACCCAGGAUUUCAACUGUGAUUUUACCGGGUGACCAGAAGACUGAGUUACCAACCGCUCCCCUUAUUUCCUAUUCACAUAAAGAGAAGCCCAAGAAUUUAACUGUGAUUGGACCAGACGACCAGCAGACUCCAUUACUGACAGUUUUUCGUAAUUCUUAUUCUCAGAGAAUAAAGCCCAGUGUUUUCUUUAAACAGCAUUUGCCAGGUAGACUUCAUAGUGAAGAUAUUUCAAAGAUUUCAUCUGUUCCUGAAUCAACUGAUAUGAAUUCUGGGGUACCAAUACCUCUUUCUAGUUCCUCUUCACAGAGAGAGAAAUCUGAUAUUGUCUACCCACAGGAAUUGCCAGACAAACUUCUAACUGAAGAUGUACUGACAGUAUCAACGAUUCCUGUACCAGCGGGCCAGAAAACUGUAUUACCAUCAGUUCCUCCUAGUCUUUUUUCACAUAGGGAGAAACCAAAUAAAUUCUAUCAACAGGAUUUGCCAGAUAGACGUCUAACUAAAGAUGCCCUGAAGUUUUCAAGUGGUCUUGGUCAAGCUGAUCAGAUUACUGGGUUAUCAACAGUUCACCCUGGUACUUAUUCACAUAGUGAGAAGCAUAAACUUGUUUCAGACCAUGUCCAAAGGCUAAUAGAUAAUUUGGACUCUUCUAACUCUAGUAUUAUCUCAAACGAUAUGCCCUUAAAUUCUCAAGCUGAUGGUAGAGUUGUAAUAAAUAAAGCAGAACCUUCGGGUUUUAAAGAUAUUAGCUCUGAGGAAUUCCAGGAUACAGAUAAUGGUUCUAAAACUCUUAAAGAGAUUCGGACACUUUUGAUGGAGGCAGAAAAUAUAGCACUGAAACGAUGCAAUUUUCCUGCUCCCCUUGUACCUUUCAGAGAUGUUAAUGAUAUUUCAUUUAUUCAAUCUAAGAAGGUUGUUUGCUUCAAAGAACCCCCUACAACUGAUGAAUCUAAUGUUGAUUUGCCUCAGAGACAGCCAUUCACAGAGGAGAAUCCAUACAACAAGUAUAUUCAGAAAGAUACUAGCACACAGUCAAAUCUGAAAUGCCAGAGAGGCAUUGAAAAUUGGGAGUUUAUUAGUUCAACUACAGUUAGAAGUCCUCUACAGGAAGCAGAAAGCAGAGCGAGAGUGGCAUUAGACGAAACCCUAAGGCAAUAUAAAGCAGCCAGAUCUGUAAUGAGAUCUGAACCUGAAGGGUAUAGUGGAACCCUUGGGAAUAAAAUUCUUAUCCCUAUGAUGACUAUCAUAAAAAGUGAUUCAAGUAGUGAAGCAAGUUCCUGCUCUUGGGACAGUAAUUCCUUAGAGUCAGUUUCUGAUGUUCUUCUAAAUUUAUUUCCAUAUGCUUCACCGAAGACAAGCAUGACAGAGAGCAGAGAGGAAGAGGGUGUGUCAGAGAGUGAUGAUGGGGGUGGUAGUAGUGUAGAUUCAUUGGCUGCACAUGUGAAAAACCUUCUGAAAUGUGAAUCCUCAUUGAAUCAUGCUAAACAAAUACUCAGAAAUGCAGAGGAAGAGGAAUGUCGGGUACGCGCACGAGCCUGGAAUCUGAAGUUUAAUAUGGCUCGUGAGUGUGGCUACUCCCUUUCAGAAUUAAAUGAAGAUGACCGGAGAAAAGUAGAAGAAAUCAAAGCAAAGUUGUUUAGUCAUGAGAGAGCUGACUUGUCCAAGGGUUUACAGAGUCCACGAGGAAUAGGAUGCAAGCCAGAAGCUGUGUGUAGUCAUAUUAUUAUUGAGAGCCAUGAAAAAGGAUGUUUCAGGACCCUAACUGCUAAACAGCCACAGUUGGACAGCCAUCCCUGUGUCUUCAGAUCAGCUGAACCCUUAGAAAUCAUUAGAGGACAACGGAGACCAUCACCAUGGAAAACCAGGCACAUCAACCUUUCUAAAUCACUAGACCAGAGCAACACCCAUUUCAAAGUUUGGAAUUCUUUGCAGUUACAAAGUCAUUCCCCAAUUCAAAACUUUUCAGCUGAUGACUUCAAAAUUAGCAAGGGUUUUCAAAUGCCAUUCCGUGAAAAUAUGAACCCUUGGCUGUCAGAAUUAGUAGAACCUACUUGUGUGCCACCUGAAGAAAUGGAUUGUCAUUCUUCACCACAAAGGCUGUCCCCAGAAUCCAUGAAAAAGUUUACUACCUCCAUCACUUUUUCAUCUCACCGACAUUCUAAAUGCUUUUCAGAUUCCUCUGUUCUUAAGGUUGGUGUUACUGAAGAUAGCCAGUGUACUGGAGCAUCUGUAGGGGUAUUUAAUUCUCAUUUCACUGAAGAGCAAAGUCCUCUUAGAGAUCUAAGACAGGAAACCUCUUCCCCUUCAUCAUUUAAAAUCAUUAGUCAUUCACCAGAUAAAGCUGUGACUAUUUUAGCAGAAAGUAGUAGACAAGGCGAAAAAUUAUCUGUUGAACAUUCCCACCGAGAAGAGAAACCCUUAGAAAGAUCAGAUUUUAAAGGCAGUAAUUCUGAGCCCAGUACCAGUACACAUUGUAGCAAAUUCAAGGAAGUUAAUUUAUCUGAUAAUCAUAACCUUAUUAACUUGGGCAGAGCAAGUUCCACACUAGGAGUAAAAGAGAAGAAUGUAACUGUAACUCCAAAUCCUCCGCCCAUGUUUCUUGAACAACAAGAGCUCUUUGAACAGAAUAAAGUCCCACAUGCAGAUCAAUAUGUAAGAAAACAUCAUUCUCCCCCUCCUCAACAUCAGCAUUAUGUAGCUCCAAAUCUUCCUUGUCACAUUUUUCUUGAAAAACGAGAAAUCUUUGAACAAAACCAAACCCCACAGGUAGAUCAUCAGAUGAGAGAAAACCACUUUCCCCUCCCUCAAGGUCAGGAUUAUGUAGUGUCAGACCUUCCUUCUUCCAUUUUUCUUGAACAGCGUCAGCUGUUUGAACAAAGCAAAGCCCCAGAUGUAGAUCACCUCGUGAGAAAACAAUAUUCCCCCCUUCCUCAAGGUCAGGAUUCUGUAGUAGAAAACAAUCAACAUAAACCUAAAUCACACAUUUCUAAUAUAAAUGUUGAAACUAAAUUCAAUAAUGUGGUCUCCAAAUUAGCCCCAGAUCAAUAUACAUUAGUAACAUCUCCAUCUACUCCACCUUCAAAUAGAAAAGCACUUUCUUGUGUUCGUAUAACUCUUUCUCCCAAGACUCCCUCCAAGUUGGAUAGUGGAACCUUAGAUAAAAGAUUUCUUUCAUUGGAUCCGGCUUCUAAAACAAGGAUGAAUAGUGAGUUUAACUCUGACCUACAAACUAUAUCUUCAAGAUCAGUGGAACCAACCUCCAAAUUACUGACCAGUAAACCUGUAGCACAUGAUCAAGGUUCUCUAGGACCUAAAUCUUCACCGGACUUUCAAGUCAUACAGUCUCUUCCAGAUAGUAAUACUAUUACUCAGGACUUGAAAACCAUACCUUUUCAGAAUAGCCAGAUAGUAACCUCAAGGCAAACACAAGUGAACUUUUCAGAUUUGGAAGAAUAUUCCAAUCCAGAAGGGACUCCAAUAUCUGCAGAUCGAUCACUGAAGGAGAUUAAGCCCCUAUUUUCUGCCUUCUCUGAAAAAUUAUCAUCUGAUGCAGUCACUCAGAUUACAACAGAGAGUCCAGGAAAAACUAUGUUUUCAUCUGAGAUUUUUAUUAAUGCUAAAGAUCUUGGACGUGAAAUUCCAGAACCCAGUUCCCAGAAGCUGGGUAAAGCUCCUGUCAAGUAUGCUUCAUUGUCUUCAGUCCAACAGAUUACUGUUCCUCGUGACACAAAUGAAGCUCAGCCUUCAUUGUUGCCGUAUAAGCCUUCUGGUAGUACGAAGAUGUACUAUGUUCCACAACUUAGUCAUUUUCCUUCAUCUCUGGAUUCCACAUCAGACACCACCAUUGAGAGCUCACACUCAGGAUCCAAUGAUGCCAUUGCUCCAGAUUUCCCGGCUCAGGUGCUAGGCACUAGAGACGAUGACCUAGAAUUCACUGUUAAUAUUAAACAUAAAGAGGGGAUCUACAGUAAGAGGGCAGUAUCUAAGGCAUCCUUAUCAAAGGGGGGAAAAAACAUUCAGAAAGAUAAUACAGAUGCUCAGGUUCAAGUUCUUAUCACUGGAAAUGAGAACCUCUCAGACAAAAACCAGAAAAAGGAGAUCUACAGUAAAAAGGCAGUGACUAAGCCUGCCCAAGCUAAAGAAAUGGAAGUCUUGCAGAAAGACACUGGAGGUUCCAGUGAUGCAGUUGCUGCAGAGCUGUCAGCUCAACUACAAGGCCCAAAGAUUAAACACUUACCAGACACUAAAGCCAUUCAACAGAAGGAGGAGAUCCAUAGUCAGAGGACAUUUCCUAAGGAAGCCUGGUCAGAAGAUAAGGAAUCCUUGCAGAUAGAUAUUGAAGAGUCCAGAUGUCAUUCAGAAUUUGAAAAUACUACCCAUUCUGUGUUCAGGUCAGCCAAGUUUUACUUUCAUCACCCAGUGCACCUACCAAGUGAUGGAGAUUUUAGCCACGAAUCCUUAGGGAGAAGUGUUUUCAUGAGACAUUCUUGGAAAGAUUUCUUUCAGCAUAAUCCAGACAAACAACAUACUUCUCUUCCUCCCCCUUAUCAAAAUGAAGAAAAGACUAAGACAGAUUAUGCCAGUAUAGAGAGCCUCAGUAUCAAUGUGAACUUGAAAAACAAAGAAGUGAUUCAUCCUACUAAAAAUCAAGCUGGAGAUUAUGCAAAAUGUGACAGACAAGUUAAUGAUCAAAAGAAAGAUCUUAAGGUCACCCCAGAGCCCACAACUCAGCAUAUUACAAGUUUGAAUGCUCUCUGGAAUAAGUAUCAAGAGCGUCAGAAGCAACAGAAACCUCUAGGGUUCAGUGGUGGGAAAGAACUAUCCUUGGUGGAGCGACUUGAUCGUUUAGCUAAACUUCUUCAGAAUCCCAUCACACAUUCUCUUCGGCCCUCAGAAGGUACACAGGAUCAUAGCAGAGGGCAGCAAGAUGCUAAGGAAUGGAGUGGUGGACAGCAACAGCAGAGAAACAAGCUUCAGAAAAAGAAGCGGUAUAAAAGCUUGGAGAAAUGCCAUAAAAACAUAGGCGAGCUUAAAAAAAGCAAGGUGCUUUCUACUCAUCAAGCUGGCAGGUCCAAUCAGAUUAAAAUUGAACAGGUUAAAUUUGAUAAAUAUAUUCUGAGAAAACAGCCAGAUUUUCCUUAUAUAAACAAUACUUCUUCAGAUUCUAGACCCUCAGAGGACAGUGAGCUGCUCACAGAUACUGCCACCAACAUCCUGUCCACCACAACUUCUCCUGUGGAAUCAGAUAUAUUGACCCAAACAGAUAAAGAAGUGACUUUGCAUGAGAGGAGCAGCUCUAUUUCCACCAUUGACACUGCCCGAUUGAUCCAGGCUUUUGGCCAUGAAAGAGUUUGUUUGUCACCCAGGCGAAUUAAAUUAUACAGCAGCAUCACCAACCAUCAGAGGAGAUACAUUGAGAAGCGGAGCAAGAACAAGAAGAAAGCACUGAGUACAUGUUAUCCCCAAAUGACUUCUGAACACACCAGAAGGAAACGCAUCCAGGUGGUAAACCAUAUGAUUUCUUCUGACUCUAUUUCACCUCCUACCAGUAGUUUCUGGAGCUCAGACUCUACCCUUUGCGACAAGCAAAAUGUACAUAUGUUAAACAAGGGCGUACAAGCAGGUAACUUGGAGAUUGUGAACGGUGUCAAAAAAAACACUCGAGAUGUUGGGGUGAUUUUCCCAACUCCAACUUCUAGCGAGGCUAGAGUGGAAGAGGACAGUGAUAUGACUUCAUGGGCAGAAGAAAAAGUAGAAGAAAAAAGGCUCCUCACCAGUUAUCUUGGGGACAAAAAGUUAAGGAAGAACAAGCAGAGUUGCUGUGAAGGAGUUUCAUGGUUUGUUCCUGUGGAAAAUGUGAAGUCUGGUCCUAAGAAGGAAAACCUGCUCAAGCAUCAUGGCCCUGCUAUCUCCUGGUUUGCACCAAUAACCAACACCAAACCCUGGAGGGAGCCACUACGGGAACAGAACUGUCAGGGUCAGCACAUGGACAGCCACAGGUCACUAGCAGGCCCAGGCAGAAGUCCACUGAAGCCAUUGGUGAAAGCAACUUUACAGGAAUCACUUCAGCUUCACAGACCUGACUUCAUCUCCCGCUCUGGGGAGCGAAUGAAACGCCUGAAGCUGAUAGUCCAGGAGAGGAAGCUGCAGAACGUGUUGCAGAGUGAGCGGGAGGCACUGUUCAACGCCGCGAGCGAGUGGCAGGGCCUGGGGGACCCUGGGCACCUGCUCCCUAAGAGAGGCUUCCUGGCUGCCCAGAAGUACAGGCCUGUUGGAAAGAAGGAAAUGAUUCAGAGGUCUAAACGGAUUUAUGAGCAGCUUCCAGAAAUACAGAAAAAGAGAGAAGAGGAAAAGAGGAGAUUGGAAUAUAAGUCAUACCGGUUGCGAGCCCAGCUGUAUAAAAAGAAAGUGACCAAUCAACUCUUGGGGAGAAAAGUUCCCUGGGACUGACAUAAGAUUAUUCAGAGCCUUGGAAUUCUAUUUUAUCAACCUGAAGAAGCACAGUCCUUACUCUUUUUGAGUCAGGUUUAAUAAAACUAACUCUUUGUCCAUGUGUAAUUUAAAAGUAGUAACCUUCUCAAAAGUCCUGGGCAGAGUGGUGCGUAAGAUUAUUAAUGGUUUGGGAG